UGUGAACAGGACCUUUCGCCAAAGCCCUAAACCCUUGAAGUGGCUUUCAGUCGGUGUGUUGCAGAGCCAUCAGGGGAAGCAGGUUAUCGAGCAGCGGAUCCGCCAUGGCGAUGGUAUCCUCGUGUCGUCUGUGUCUUCGGACCGAUUCCCUGUAUCUGGCAAUUGAGCAAUCCGCAGCUCAAGCGAACUCGCUGCCCAGAAGCAGCUGUAGUGUUGUUCCUCGAAGGACGCAGAUAAUAUGCCCGCAGCUUCAAGUUCUUCCUAAUGCCUUGAAGAGUCUCCAACCUGGACAUGGACUGAAGAGGUUGAAGGAGGGCAAUGUUUUUGCAGUUCGAGCAUCCACUACAACAGACACAGAUGUAAACGUAGACGCAGACGCAGUGGCGCCCGGGAAAUUUAUCCCUGCAUCACCUAUUGUUCUAUCGAAGGGUCCGUGGGAACAGAUCCCUGGAGGAGUAACAGCUGCAAAGGGUUUUCGAGCAGCUGGUAUGUAUGCGCAGUUACGAGCGGCUGGGAAAAAACCUGACCUGGCUUUGAUCGUUUGCGACACGGAUGCUGUCUCCGCUGGAACUUUUACGAAGAACGUGGUGGCUGCAGCGCCUGUAAUCUACUGCAAAAAAACUUUGGCAGAUUCAUCCACAGCCCGAGCGAUUUUGAUCAAUGCAGGCCAAGCCAAUGCUGCAACGGGAGAUGCUGGUUAUCAGGAUACAUUGGAAUGUGUCGCUGCUGUUGCUAAACAUUGCGGCGUGCCAGAAGGAGCCGUUCUCAUCGAAUCAACUGGAGUCAUCGGUCGCCGCAUAAAGAAGGAUGCUUUAAUUGAAGCCGUGCCGAAGUUGGUGGGGUCUUUAUCUGCAAGUGUUGCAUCGGCUGAUGCCGCAGCCGUAGCCAUCACAACUACUGAUCUUGUCAGCAAGAGUGUUGCAAUUGAAACGAAGAUAGGGGGAACAACAGUGAGACUAGGUGGCAUAGCGAAAGGAUCUGGCAUGAUUCAUCCAAACAUGGCGACCAUGCUCGGAGUUGUGACUUGUGAUGUAGAUGUUACGGCGGAGGUAUGGAGGCCAAUGGUUAUUACAGCAGUAAAUAGAAGCUUCAACCAGAUUACGGUUGAUGGUGAUAGUAGCACAAAUGAUACCUUACUAGCCUUGGCAAGUGGUGCAGCUGGAGGUCCCAAGAUCUCAGAUAUCAACAGUGAAGAAGCUCGUCAGCUGCAGGCAGCUCUUGAUGCAGUCUUGCAAGGUCUAGCUAAGUCAAUUGCCUCUGACGGUGAGGGGGCGACGUGUUUAGUCGAGGUGACUGUAACAGGCGCAUCGGAUGAAGCUGCAGCCGCAACGGUGGCUCGCUCUGUUGCCGCCUCCUCCUUAACGAAGGCUGCAAUAUAUGGGCGAGACCCCAACUGGGGCCGCAUAGCCUGUGCCACAGGGUAUGCUGGAGUUCCAUUCGACCCUCUCUGCCUUCAAAUCUAUCUUGGGGACUUUCAUUUGAUGGAGAAAGGCCAGCCAUUAGAGUUCGACAGCAAUGGAGCAAGCGCAUACCUAAAAAAAGCUGGAGAAGUGCAUGGAACUGUUUCCAUCAACAUAUGUAUUGGACAUGGCCCUGGACAAAGCCAAGCAUGGGGUUGUGAUCUUAGCUACGACUACGUCAAAAUUAAUGCUGAAUACACAACUUAAUCGUAAUGUGCUUUGAAGAUAUAUCGGCAGGGAAGAGAAUAUAUCAGAGAAUAAAUCUGGGAGUAGUAAGUAUUAACCGUAUUCGUAGUCCUUCACGUGAAAGGAAUUGUUCCUGUAGUAUCCAUCUCGCGUUACUCUGUGCGCCACUGUGAAACAGAUUUUGAAUAUUUUGUCAUUAGAUGGUGUGAAAAGUUUGGGAUUAGCUGCCUAAUGUUCAAACUAAAAGAAUGUAGCUCUUUACAACAGGCUUCUUCUGAAAAUGGUUAAUACUGGAAAGAGUAGUAUUAUUACUUGCAUGGAUGGACUAACA